AGUAUAGAGAAACAAUCAAUUAUGUUCUCCAAAAUAGUAGCUUUAUGCGCUUUCGUGGCAGCAGCCCAAGCUGGUCUCCUAGCCGAGCCAGUUCACUAUUCCUCUGCUGCAGCAGUUUCCUCACAGAGCAUUGUACGCCAUGACCAACCUCAAGCUACCAAGUUGGUAGCUGCCCCUAUCGCCAAAAUCGCUGUCGCUGCCCCCGUCUACCACGCUCCUGCCCCUGUCUAUCACGCUCCCGCCCCCGUGUACCGCGCUCCUGCUCCCGUUGCCUAUCAUGCCCCGAUCGCCAAGGUUUUAGCCCACGAACCUGAAGAAAUCGCUUACCCCAAGUAUGAGUACACUUACUCGGUAGCUGAUGGACACACCGGUGAUAACAAGUCGCAACAGGAGAUCCGUGAUGGUGAUGUUGUCAAGGGCUCAUACUCCUUCCACGAGGCCGAUGGCUCCAUCAGAACUGUAGAAUAUACCGCUGAUGAUCACAAUGGUUUCAACGCAGUUGUGCACAACACCGCUCCUAUAGCCGCUCCAGUCGCAUACAAAGCUGCACCCCUCCUAGUCAAAACCGCCCCUGUCUACUACAAACAAGGAACAAUCAAUAUGUUCUCCAAAAUUGUAGUCCUGUGCGCGUUGGUAGCAGUAUCCCAGGCUGGUCUCCUGGCUGAGCCAGUACACUAUUCCUCUGCCGCUGCAGUCUCCUCACAGAGCAUUGUGCGCCAUGACCAACCUCAAGCUACCAAGCUAGUAGCUGCACCCGUCGCUAAAAUCGCCGUCGCCGCUCCAGUGUACCACGCUGCCGCCCCCGUCUACCAAGCCGCUGCCCCUGUCUAUCACGCCCCUGCUCCCGUUGCCUACCAUGCCCCUAUUGCCAAAGUGGUAGCUCAACAGCCCGAAGAGAUCGCUUACCCCAAAUAUGAGUACACUUACUCCGUGGCUGAUGGACACACAGGUGACAACAAAUCCCAACAGGAAAUCCGUGAUGGUGAUGCCGUGAAGGGAUCGUACUCCUUCCAUGAAGCUGAUGGCUCCAUCAGGACUGUUGAGUACACCGCUGAUGAUCACAAUGGCUUCAACGCGGUGGUCCACAACACCGCCCCUACAGCCGCUCCUGUAGCAUACAAAGCUGCACCCCUACUAGUCAAAGCCGCCCCUGCCUAUUACCACUAAAUACAUAAUACGGAUUUAGAACUAAAAAUAAUUUAGUGAAUUAAUAAAUAACCUGAAUGGUUUGUUAACUAUUAUUUAUUUGUAGCAA